UAUGUGUCCACAUUGGAUGCAUAAUAGUUAUAGUGAUUCUGUAACAGACGAUUCUGGGGAUGAGGCUGUAGAUGAGACAAAUAACCAACAACGCUUUCGUCUUGGCCUCGUCCCACGCGGCAUUUUGCCUUUACCAUUUCCCAUAGACGGCCGAUUCCGUGGAAAAUAUUCUGCUGUUGCAGUUCUCGAUUUGCGAGCUCAGGAAGAACAAUUUGCCAUUUUAACUUCACGUCCAAUUGAUUGUGUGGAUGGAGGGCGUGUUUCGGUCCUUUGA